AACUCUUCCUCUCUCUGUCGCGCUCGAAGUGAAGAAAAAUUGCAGAACUUCAGAACUCUCACGUCCACGAAUCCUUCGGCACACGGCACUUCUUCGCCCGACUCCACUAUAACAGAAAGAAUUACUCAAAAGACAAAAAAUGACGUAAGCUGGAAGAAGAAAGACGGAUUAGUCGCUGUUCACAAUUGGCGACAUGAGACCUUCAAUUUCAGACAUCCACACGCUUUCGCACAGGUUAUAGAAAAUGCCGUCCCUCCAAACAGCAUUGCCUCCUGAGCUCGCCAACAAUGCUAUCAGGCUCUAUAGGGAAUGCCUACGGCGAGCUAAAUAUAUUGGUCAAAAGAAAUACAAUACUGAGCUUCUUAUUACUAUGGUUAGAGAGCAGUUCAAAAAGCAUAUGCAUGAGACAGAUCCAGAGAAAAUUCAGAAGUUGAAGGAUGAUGCUGCGAGAGGAUUGAUCAAUCACAUGCUAUACGAAUCUGAGAACUUGUCUGGGCGAAAAUUCAGCAAAAGUUCUUAAUUCUGAUCAAAGCUUAACUUUAGCCGUGCUAUCCUUUGGCUGGCUACAAGUUAUUUUUCGUAUUGAAAUAAUGUGGUUUAACGAGGGCAGAGGAGGUUGAAGCUUUAUGCAAAUUGCCAAAGCUUUUGUGAGAUGAAUUUUGGAGUCUGUAUGAGUUAUUGAAUACUACUUGGCCUUUAGGAACGUCUUUAAAUAUGAGUUGAACACUGUAGACGCAAGUUUCAUGCUUAUUAAUGCUGCUAUAUAUUUUGCCACUCA